AUGGCUGGUCGCUCUGAUGGCAUUCUGCUUGCCCUGUGCCUGGCAUGGGCUUGCCGUGUUUUGGCCGAGCCAGCGCAGGAGAAGCAUGUGAUGACUGAGGCAGCGGAGAGAGCCGGCGCAGUGUGCCUUGAUGGCACGCCUCCAGUCUACUAUCUCCGACGAGGCUUUGGCGCCGGCGUGAACAAGUGGUAUGUUCACCACCAGGGAGGCGGCUGGUGCGAGUCGCUGGACGACUGCGUAGGCCGCUCUCGGACGGCUCUUGGUUCAUCCUCCUCAUACCCAGCCAGCGUUGGCUUGGAAGCUGGCUACUUCUCAGCGAAUGCGUCGGUCAACCCAAUGAUGUACAACUGGAACAUUGUCUUCAUGAUGUACUGUGAUGGUGCCAGCUUCAGCGGGGACAAUGCCACAGUCACGGUGCACAAUGGCACCCAGUUGCAUUUCCGAGGGCGACGUAUUCGUGAAGCUUUUGCGCAGGACCUCCUUCACAACCAGGGCCUGGCGAAUGCGAGUGACUUGAUCGUGUCGGGGUGCAGUGCCGGUGGUCUGGCAACAUAUCUUCACGUCGACCAAUGGUGCGACUCGCUCCAUGAAGCCCAGCCUUCUGCGAAAUGUGCUGGCCUUCCAGACAGCGGGUUUUUCAUCGACUACCAGGACCCACAGGUACGCUGCUCCCCAGACAGCUCAGCGCCCUCGGUGCCGGGGGCUUUGGGAACUACCAUCAAUGGCGACUACCACUGCGGUUUGUGGUGGACCUUUCACAUUCAGAAUGCCAGCUCUGGCGUCAAUCAACGUUGCCUUGAGCAGCAUGUGAAGGAGGAGUGGAGGUGCAUGUUUGCAGAGUACGCGGCAGAGUUCCUUCGAACGCCAGUCUUUGCCUUGCAGUCCAUGUAUGACUCAUGGCAGACAACCCACGUGCAGGGGACCGGCGGCGUCAGCAAGACGGCAAUCCUCGGCAUGAACAUCACUGAACGUCUCAAGAACAAGUUGCUCGGCAAGAACCCCGAGUCCGGUGCCUUCUUGGACAGUUGCUUGCACCACUGUGGUGCCUGGAACUCCAUUCGCAUUGAGGGAGACUUGGUGGCCACUGCGGUGGAGAGGUGGUACUCCGGACUGGGACGUGCCGGGAGCAAGCGCCUGUGGAACCAGAACAGAAGCUACCCAUGCCGUGACUGCUGCCAGCCAGAUGCAGAUCCGGCUCCGCUCCUGGUUGUGUGA